AGUGGUGCACUGUUUCCGCUGCCCCCGUUUGUCUAAUUGGCCCAGACGCUCCACCAGCGCGAAGCUUUCCGGGAGCUCCUCGCUGGCCACCCCCGCGGCCCGCAGCCCGGCAGAGGCGGGAAAGCAGCGCGCCUGCGCUGUGGGAACCGGGGCUGGAGGCGAAAAGCGGGGAGCGGAGGGGGGCCGCUGGAGCCGAGUAGCGUACAGAGCGGCGUGUGACGCGGGGACGCCGCGCGCUCCCAACGUCGCCCCGGUUUGACGCACACGGCACCAAACUAUUUUGGAGAGUACGAGCAAAGCAAGGUUUGAUUUAAUUUUGGAUGAGAUUGUUCUUGCAGCAAGAUGUUAAUAAGACAAAAUCUAGACUAAAUGUGUUAAAUGGGCUUGCCAACAAUAUGGAUGAUUUGAAGAUAAACACCGAUAUUACUGGUGCUAAAGAAGAACUCCUAGAUGACAACAAUUUUAUCUCAGACAAGGAGAGCGGAGUUCAUAAACCAAAAGAUUGUCAAACAUCAUUUCAGAAAAAUAAUACAUUGACUCUGCCUGAAGAACUGUCAAAGGACAAAUCUGAAAACGCCUUAAGCGGAGGCCAGUCUAGUCUAUUUAUACAUGCUGGUGCUCCUACUGUUUCUAGUGAAAACUUUAUCUUGCCUAAAGGAGCUGCUGUUAAUGGACCAGUUUCACACUCCUCCUUAACUAAGACUUCCAGUAUGAAUAAAGGCAGUGUUUCAUUAACCACUGGACAGCCUGUGGAUCAGCCAACAACAGAAUCUUGUUCAGCUUUGAAGGUAGCAGCUGAUCUUCAGCUGUCUACACCACAGAAAGCAAGUCAGCACCAAGUUUUAUUUUUGUUAUCAGAUGUAGCACAUGCUAAGAAUCCCACCCAUUCCAAUAAAAAACUACCUACCUCUGCUUCAGUUGGUUGUGACAUUCAGAAUUCAGUAGGGAGUAAUAUAAAGUCAGAUGGCACUUUAAUAAAUCAAGUAGAGGUGGGUGAGGAUGGUGAGGAUUUAUUGGUAAAAGAUGAUUGUGUCAGUACAGUAACAGGAAUUUCCUCAGGUACAGAUGGAUUUAGGUCAGAAAAUGAUACAAACUGGGAUCCCCAAAAAGAGUUCAUUCAGUUUCUUAUGACUAAUGAGGAAACAGUAGACAAAGCUCCACCUCAUUCUAAAGUAGGUCUAGAAAAAAAAAGAAAGCGAAAAAUGGAUGUAAGCAAGAUAACUCGUUAUACUGAGGAUUGCUUUAGUGAUUCUAAUUGUGUACCCAAUAAAUCAAAAAUGCAAGAAGUAGACUUUCUAGAACAAAAUGAAGAGCUACAAGCAGUAGACCCACAGAAAUAUGCGUUAUCAAAAGUGAAGCCUGAAUCGAAUGAUGAAGACUUAGAAUCUGUGGAUGCCUUCCAACAUCUAAUUUAUAACCCAGAUAAGUGUGGAGAAGAGAGUUCACCUGUUCAUACUAGCACUUUUCUUUCAAAUACCUUAAAAAAGAAAUGUGAAGAGAGUGAUUCUGAGUCACCUGCUACUUUCAGUACCGAAGAGCCAUCAUUCUACCCCUGUACAAAGUGCAAUGUGAAUUUUAGGGAGAAGAAGCACCUCCACAGGCAUAUGAUGUAUCAUUUAGAUGGGAAUAGUCACUUUCGCCAUCUUAAUGUCCCAAGGCCAUAUGCUUGUAGAGAAUGUGGACGGACAUUUCGAGAUCGCAAUUCACUUCUAAAACAUAUGAUUAUUCACCAGGAGAGAAGACAGAAGUUGAUGGAGGAAAUUCGUGAAUUGAAAGAACUUCAGGAUGAAGGAAGAAGCGCACGAUUACAGUGUCCUCAGUGUGUGUUUGGUACCAAUUGCCCUAAAACAUUUGUGCAACAUGCUAAAACCCAUGAAAAAGAUAAAAGGUACUACUGCUGUGAAGAGUGUAACUUCAUGGCAGUGACAGAAAAUGAAUUAGAAUGCCAUCGAGGCAUUGCACAUGGGGCAGUGGUAAAAUGCCCAUUGGUCACUUCUGAUAUAGCCCAGAGAAAAACACAAAAAAAGACUUUCAUGAAAGACUCUGUAGUAGGAUCGUCCAAAAAAUCAGCUACCUACGUAUGUAAGAUGUGUCCUUUUACUACUUCAGCCAAAAGUGUUUUAAAAAAGCACAUGGAGUACUUGCAUUCAUCAUCAUGUGUUGAUUCAUUUGGUAGUCCUCUUGGACUUGAUAAAAGAAAAAAUGACAUCCUUGAAGAACCUGUAGAUAGUGAUAGCACUAAACCAUUAACUAAACAACAGUCAACCACGUUUCCAAAGAACUCUGCUUUAAAACAAGAUGUGAAGCGAACAUUUGGAUCAACCUCACAAUCAAGUAGUUUUUCAAAAAUCCAUAAGCGGCCACACAGAGUACAGAAAGCUCGGAAAAGCAUUGCCCAAUCAGGUGUAAACACUUGCAAUCAAAACAGCUCUCCUCAUAAGAAUGUUACAAUUAAAAGCAGCAUUGACCAAAAACCUAAGUAUUUUCAUCAAACAGCAAAAGAAAAGUCUAAUGCCAAGGCAAAUAGCAACUAUUUGUACAGACACAAAUAUGAAAACUAUAGGAUGAUCAAAAAAUCAGGUGAAUCAUAUCCUGUGCAUUUCAAAAAAGAAGAAGCUAGUUCAUUAAAUUCCUUACACCUGUUUUCAUCAUCAGGUAAUUCUCACAACAGUUUUAUUUCAGACCCUCAUAAGCGUGACACCAAAAGACCUGAAAGCUUCAAAGAUCACAGACGUGUAGCUGUGAAGAGAGUAGUUAAGGAAUCUAAGAAGGAAAGUUCUGUUGGAGGGGAAGACUUGGAUAGCUAUCCAGAUUUUUUGCAUAAAAUGACUGUUGUCGUUUUGCAAAAACUUAAUUCUGCUGAAAAGAAAGAUAGUUAUGAAACAGAAGAUGAAAGUUCCUGGGAUAAUGUUGAGUUAGGAGACUACACUACACAGGCCAUAGAAGAUGAAACCUAUAGUGAUAUUAAUCAAGAACAUGUAAAUUUAUUCCCUUUAUUUAAGAGCAAAGUGGAAGGUCAGGAGCCUGGAGAAAAUGCUACUCUUAGUUAUGACCAAAAUGAUGGCUUUUAUUUUGAAUACUAUGAAGAUGCUGGAAGUAACAACUUUUUGCAUGAGAUACAUGAUCCUCAGCAUUUAGAAACUGCAGAUGCUUCAUUGUCAAAGCAUAGUUCUGUUUUUCAUUGGACUGAUUUGUCUCUUGAGAAGAAAUCGUGUCCUUACUGCCCAGCAACAUUUGAAACAGGUGUUGGGUUAUCAAAUCAUGUCCGGGGGCAUCUUCACAGAGCAGGAUUAAGCUAUGAAGCCCGUCAUGUUGUAUCACCAGAACAAAUAGCCACAAGUGACAAAAUGCAGCAUUUCAAAAGAACUGGCAGUGGAACACCUGUUAAACGAGUUAGAAAAGCUAUAGAGAAGUCUGAAACCACUUCUGAACACACUUGUCAACUCUGUGGUGGUUGGUUUGAUACUAAAAUUGGAUUAUCAAAUCAUGUUAGAGGCCACUUGAAAAGACUUGGAAAGACCAAAUGGGAUGCUCACAAAUCUCCAAUCUGUGUUCUGAAUGAGAUGAUGCAAAAUGAAGAAAAAUAUGAAAAAAUCUUAAAGGCAUUGAACAGUCGUCGUAUUAUUCCCAGACCAUUUGUAGCUCAAAAACUUGCAUCAAAUGAUGACUUUAUAUCUCAAAAUGUUAUACCUCUUGAAGCAUACCGUAAUGGCCUAAAGACUGAAGCUCUGUCAGUGUCUGCAUCAGAAGAAGAAGGGCUGAAUUUCUUAAAUGAAUAUGAUGAAACAAAACCAGAACUACACAGUGGAAAAAAGAAUCAGUCUCUUACACUCAUAGAACUUCUUAAAAAUAAAAGGAUGGGAGAAGAAAGGAAUUCUGCUAUUUCUCCGCAAAAGAUCCAUAAUCAGACAGCAAGAAAGAGAUUCGUUCAGAAAUGUGUUCUUCCAUUAAAUGAGGAUAGUCCGUUGAUGUAUCAGCCACAAAAAAUGGACUUGACUAUGCACUCAGCCUUAGAUUGUAAGCAAAAGAAAUCAAGGUCAAGAUCUGGAAGCAAGAAGAAAAUGCUAACAUUACCUCACGGUGCUGACGAGGUUUACAUUCUCCGAUGCAGGUUUUGUGGCCUAGUCUUUCGAGGACCCUUGUCUGUUCAGGAAGACUGGAUUAAGCACUUACAACGACAUAUUGUAAACGCUAAUCUUCCACGGACUGGAGCUGGCAUGGUGGAAGUCACGUCACUACUUAAAAAGCCUGCCUCCAUUACAGAAACUUCAUUUUCUCUACUAAUGGCCGAAGCAGCUUCAUAGAACCAGGAAACCUUUUGAAUAGCCAAUUUGAAUUGGAUGUAAAUUUGAAAUUCUUUUUUUUUUAAGCCACAUUAAAUUAUCUGUUUAUAAAUACUAAAGCAGGAAAAUGGGGGAAAGUGAAUUACAAUGACAUCAGAGCAAAUCGAAUACUUAAAACAGUAAGUAGUCUAUAUAUUUUAUAUAGGGUGGAAGAUGUGUUUUUAAGGUUUAUGAAGUUUUAUUGGUUAACUGUGUUCACUCAAUAAAAAAGCAGUACAUGUAAGCAGCCAUUAAUAAACUGUUGCACAUGGGUACUUAUAGACAGACUUAUUGGACAAUUAUGUUUUUUGCAGUGUUACCAGAAUCAAGGCUCUGUUUAUUCCCCACAAGACUUGCAUAGAAAAAUAAGAUAUUAUAUUUUGUUUGUAUGUAUUUAGUGUUUUGUAUAAUACCAAGAACCGCUGACUAAAUUUACUUAAAUUAGGGCAUUAAAUAUCAUGUACUUCAUAGUUUGAGACUGUUCACUCAAAUAGGGCAGAGUACUAUUCUAUCUAGAUGUGUAAGUGUUUUUUUUAAAAUCACAUGGAACGGUUUUUUUUAUACUAAAAAGUGGAGGGAGAUUUGUUUAAACAAGUAUUUCUAAAAGAAAUAUGUACAUAGUUCUGGAAAUUAUUUGUGGUAAGGAAAUAUUCUUUACUCCAGUUGCAUUUCUCAGACAAUAAAGUGGUGCAUCCAUGCUACCUCCUACUUUGUCAACAAAGAUACUAUUUACCCUUUACAUUUUUGUAUCAUAAUAGAUUUUAAAAAUCUAAUGUUCUUUAUUGCAAGACAUUCUUUUGUUAACAGGUUUCUUUUUAAUGUUUUACCUAAAAUUGGACAUGCUUACAAGACAAGUUUGCCUCUUACUUUAUUUAACAUUGUAGAAAUGUAAUUAAUAAACAAUGCUCACUACACAGUUUAGAAUAGACGUUCUCAUUUAUAUUAUCUUCCAAAUUUGAUCAGUUAGCAAAA